CUCUGUCCUCCCCCUUUCCCUCCUCCUCCUCAGACCGAGCGGUGACUUAAGCAACGGAGCGCGGUGAAGCCCAUUUUUCUCUUUCCUCGCAGCCGCGCCGGGGAGCUCGCKGCGCGCGCCCCCUCUACUCCGGCCCGAGAUGAAUGCUGCGGCAGAAGCCGAGUUCAACAUCCUCUUGGCCACCGACUCCUACAAGGUUACUCACUAUAAACAGUACCCACCCAAUACAAGUAAAGUUUAUUCCUACUUUGAAUGCCGUGAAAAGAAGACUGAAAACUCCAAAGUAAGGAAGGUGAAAUACGAGGAAACAGUAUUUUAUGGGUUGCAGUACAUUCUUAAUAAGUACUUAAAAGGUAAAGUAGUAACCAAAGAGAAAAUCCAGGAAGCCAAAGAGGUAUACAAAGAACAUUUCCAAGAUGAUGUCUUUAAUGAAAAGGGUUGGAACUACAUUCUUGAGAAGUACGAUGGGCAUCUUCCAAUAGAAGUAAAGGCUGUUCCUGAAGGGUCUGUCAUUCCCAGAGGAAACGUUCUUUUCACAGUGGAAAACACUGAUCCAGAGUGCUACUGGCUUACAAAUUGGAUUGAGACUAUUCUUGUGCAGUCCUGGUAUCCAAUCACAGUGGCCACAAAUUCUAGAGAGCAGAAGAAAAUAUUGGCCAAAUAUUUGUUAGAAACUUCUGGUAACUUAGAUGGUCUGGAAUACAAGUUACAUGAUUUUGGCUACAGAGGAGUCUCUUCCCAAGAGACUGCUGGCAUAGGAGCUUCUGCUCAUUUGGUUAACUUCAAAGGAACAGAUACAGUAGCAGGAAUUGCACUAAUUAAAAAAUAUUAUGGAACAAAAGAUCCUGUCCCAGGCUAUUCUGUUCCAGCUGCAGAACACAGUACCAUAACAGCUUGGGGGAAAGACCAUGAAAAAGAUGCUUUUGAACAUAUAGUAACACAGUUUUCAUCAGUGCCUGUAUCUGUGGUCAGCGAUAGCUAUGACAUUUAUAAUGCGUGUGAAAAAAUAUGGGGUGAAGAUCUAAGACAUUUAAUAGUAUCAAGAAGUUCAGAGGCACCACUAAUAAUCAGACCUGAUUCUGGAAAUCCUCUUGACACUGUAUUAAAGGUUUUGGAUAUUUUAGGUAAGAAGUUUCCUGUUACUGAGAACUCAAAGGGCUACAAGUUGCUGCCACCUUAUCUUAGAGUUAUCCAAGGGGAUGGAGUAGAUAUUAACACCUUACAAGAGAUCGUAGAAGGCAUGAAACAAAAAAAGUGGAGUAUUGAAAAUGUUUCCUUUGGUUCUGGUGGAGCUUUGCUACAGAAGUUAACAAGAGAUCUCUUGAAUUGUUCCUUCAAGUGUAGCUAUGUUGUAACUAAUGGCCUUGGGAUUAAUGUCUUCAAGGACCCAGUUGCUGAUCCCAAYAAAAGGUCCAAAAAGGGCCGAUUAUCUUUACAUAGGACACCAGCAGGGAAUUUUGUUACACUUGAGGAAGGAAAAGGAGAUCUUGAGGAAUAUGGUCACGAUCUUCUCCAUACCGUAUUCAAGAACGGGAAGGUGACAAAAAGCUAUUCAUUUGAUGAAGUAAGAAAAAAUGCACAGCUGAAUAUUGAACUGGAAGCAGCACCUCAUUAGGCUGUUUUACGAUUCUGUGUGUGUGUGUGUGUGUGUGUGUGUGUGUGUGUGUGU